AUGGCCGGUGCUUUGGAGGGUGAUAACUUCAUUGGUCGUCGAGCUGAAGAACACCGCGGACUAUUGUCGAUAAAGUAUCCUAUGGAACAUGGCAUUGUCACCGACUGGAAUGAGAUGGAAAAAAUCUGGCACUACAUUUACUCAAAAGAGCAGCUUCAAACUUUCUCCGAAGAACAUCCCGUCUUGUUGACUGAGGCACCGAUAAACCCUCGGCAAAAUCGCGAAAGGACGGCAGAGAUAUUCUUCGAAACCUUCAACGUUCCCGCCUUGUUUAUCUCCAUCCAAGCCGUUUUAAGUCUCUAUGCCACCGGUCGAACUACCGGCAUCGUCUUGGACUCUGGCGAUGGUGUCACCCAGGCGGUGCCCAUCUACGAGGGCUUUGCACUGCCGCUUGCCAUCACCAGAUCCGAUGUUGCCGGUCGCGAUGUCACCUCCUACUUGAAGCUCCUGCUUCGCAAGGAAAAUCUAAUUUUCAACACCACCGCCGAGUUUGAGGUAGUGAAGACCAUCAAGGAGAAGAUUUGCUUUCUCACCAGCAACCCCCAGCGAACCGNGGGCGGGACGAGUGAGCUGGAGAACACCUCCUACGUUCUGCCCGAUGGCCGCACCGUGGAAAUUGGCGUCAACCCGAGAUUAAGAGCGCCGGAAAUUCUCUUCCGACCCGACAUUAUCGGCCACGAGUUUGAGGGCGUUCACGAGAUUCUCGUCUCCAGCAUUGAGAAGGCGGACAUGGACCUGCGGAAGGUCUUCUACCAGAAUAUUGUGCUCAGCGGUGGCAGCACCCUCUUCAAAGGCUUCGGUGACCGGCUGCUGAAUGAGAUCAAGAAGAUCGCCUCUNAUUUCUUAAAACUAAACACUGUGUACACUAAUCAAAUUAAUUAG